CCAAAAUUGACGGAUAUCUUAAAACAAUCUAACGGAUAAAGUAACGUUAAGUUUCAAUUUUUUUUUUUUUUGGUGUUUUUUUUUUACUUAAAAACAAGUAAAUAAAUAAACGGAAACGGAUAUACAUUUAAGUGAAGUGAAGAACCCAAUUAAAUAAAAAGAAAAAAAAAAAGGAAUAAAUAAAAUCGAAAGAAGAUGACGGGUUAUAUGAAAGUUUUCAAUGAACGUUACUUGACUUUAUCCAAAGGUGUGGAUGAAACUAUCGACAGCUGGUUUCUGAUGAGCUCACCUGGACCUGUGCUAACCAUAGUAAUGAUUUAUUUAUUAUUUGUUUUAAAAAUCGGUCCAGCUUUUAUGAAAAAUCGUAAACCGUAUAAUUUGAAAACCGUGAUGAUUGUUUAUAAUGCAUUUCAAGUUUGUUACUCAAUAUGGAUGUGUCGUCGGUCUUGGAAAGAGAGUCGCAUAACGGAUACAUUAUUAUCGAAGAAAUGCGAAAUUUUACGAACGCGUGAGCAAAGUUUAGAUUUGUAUUCGGGUGCAUGGUUCUAUUUCUUCUCGAAAAUCAUUGAUUUACUCGAUACAACAUUUUUCGUGUUGCGUAAAAAGCAAAGUCAAGUAUCAUUUUUACAUGUCUAUCAUCAUACGGUUACUGCGACAUUUUCAUGGAUGUAUCUUAAAUAUGCGCCCGGAGAACAGGGCGUGGUUAUUGGCAUACUUAAUUCCGGCGUACAUAUUAUUAUGUAUUUUUAUUAUUUAGUAGCAGCAAUGGGUCCACAAUAUCAAAAAUUUUUAUGGUGGAAAAAGUACAUGACCAGCAUACAAUUAAUACAAUUCGUUUUAAUUAUGAUCUAUAUGGUAACCAUUGCCCUAAAAGGUUGCAAUAUGCCAAAAACGCUUACGUUCUUCUUUAUUGCCAACACAUUAGUGUUUUUAUAUCUAUUCGGUAAUUUUUAUAGGAAAACAUAUCGCGAUAGCAAGGCUCAUCAUAAAGCGACUAAAGCAGCAUUAAGAGCAGCAAGUGGUUUAGGUUGUGUACCAACUAAAUCAUUUCUAGAUCAAGGCGAUCAAAUGAAACGUUUAAUUGAUGCCAAUAACAAUAAUAAUUGUUUCAAAAUUAAUGAAAUGAAGCUUGAAUAAAGCGAUUCAUAAAAAAUUAUGAGCAAAAAAAAAAAAAACUAUUCUUGAGACAAUUUCAAGUUUCUUUGUAUUCGACUUCAUUUGGCAAUUAUUGAUCUAUUGAUCGCAACAUUGUUGUUGCCCAUUUUAAUGUAUAUUUCUUUUCGAUUUUUUUUAAUUUUUUUUAUUUUUUUUAGUUGUUUUUCUUAUUGUGUUUAAGCUUAAGUCUAAUUACGAUAAGUGUAUAGCACUUCUAUCUAAAUAGUUACAUUUCUAUAAAUUUUGUUUACUCUUUUAUACAACUUCAGUUAGAACAUUUUUUUUUUUUU